ACGGCAACUCUGUGAAACAAUAUUUUUACACAUCAAUUGUUCAAUAGAUUAGAUAGAAGAUAAGAACAUGAUUUGUACAAUACAUUCAUUCCUGUAUCUCUAGUGAAAAAUUUAUAUAUCAAUGAUUAUAUUUAUGUUCUUUUAGUUUGUUUUGUGAUUGUCCAGUUCCGCGUGUUGUCCAAAAAUAGGUUUUACGAUAAGUGAAAAUGAAGUCCAAACAACUUGACCUUGUGCAAGCUGAGAAAAAUGGAAAUGGAAAGAAAUCAGUUUUAGAACCAGAUCUGUCGAUGCCGGAAAAAAUCAAUGAACCUCCCCCUAUAGGAUAUUUCCAAAUGUUUCGAUACACAACUAUGAUGGACAAGAUUAUUAUAUUUAUUGGUGUAAUUGCCACAGUUCUCAUGUCUGGUGUUCAACCAUUGAACAAUUUAUUUUUCGGUGAUCUUACACAAAACAUAGUCGAGUACGUGCAGGCUAUGAAUAGUACUUCCGAUCACACUAAAGUUCUGGACAAAUUUUUAGACGACAUAACAUUAUUUGCAAUCCAAAUGGCAGGUAUUGGUCUCGCCAUGUUGAUUUUGGGAUAUAUAUCGAUGGAAUCUUUCAGUUAUACAGCAUCGAAACAGAUUUUCAAAAUACGAAGUCAAUACACCGAAAUGGCUAUGAAGCAAGAUAUUUCAUGGUAUGACCAACAUCAAACAGGAGAUUUCGCUUCCAAAAUGUCAGACGAUCUGAAUAAACUAGAAGAAGGUCUAGGUGAUAAAAUUCCAAUGUUCAUUUACAUGCAGGCUGUCUUCGUGGCAUCACUGAUUCUGGCUUUUGUACAAGGCUGGGAGUUAGCAUUAGUUUGUCUGACGUCCUUGCCUCUAUCGAUGAUCUGUAUUGGUAUUAUAGGAUGUCUGUCAACUAAACUGGCGAAAAAAGAAUCUGAUGCUUAUGGAUCAGCAGGAGCAAUUGCAGAAGAAGUUUUGGGAACAAUCAGAACAGUUCUAGCGUUUGGAGGUCAAUCAAAGGAAAUAGAACGAUACGACAAAAAUUUGAUUCAUGCCAAGAAGAAUAACAUCUUUCGUAAUUCUCUCACCGGAAUAGGAUUCGGUCUGCUCUGGUUUUUCAUCUAUUGCAGUUAUGCCCUUGCUUUUUGGUACGGAGUUGGACUUGUCAUCAAUGAUCCAACGCAUUAUAACGCAGGAACAAUGAUAACGGUUUUCUUCUCUGUGAUGAAUGCAUCUAUGAACUUUGGGUUUUCUUCCACAUACAUCGAGAUAUUCUCAAAAGCGAAGGCAUCUGGCAGUAAAAUUUUCGCAAUUAUAGAUACAGUUCCAGUGAUCAAUCUUUCAAUCAAUAAUGGGAAAAAAAUCGAUUCGAUGAAAGGCAAUAUCGAAUUCAAAAAUGUUAAAUUUCACUACCCUACUAGAAAAACUGUGCCUAUACUUACUGGUUUGGAUAUGGAAAUAAAAUCUGGGGAGACAGUAGCUCUUGUUGGUAGCUCAGGGUGUGGUAAAUCCACUUGUAUUCAAAUGCUUCAACGUUUUUACGAUCCAAUUGAAGGAGACAUUUUCGUCGAUGGACAUAAUAUGAAAGACCUCGAUCUGACAUGGUACAGAAAGAGUAUUGCUGUUGUCGGCCAAGAGCCUGUGCUCUUUGGAGCUUCUAUUGAAGAAAACAUUCGUUACGGAAACACAGAAGCAACCCUUGAUGACAUCAUCGAAGCUACGAAAAAAUCAAAUGCAUACGACUUCAUUUCCGCCCUUCCAAAUGGUUUCAAAACUGUGGUAGGAGAAAGAGGAGCUCAGUUAUCUGGUGGACAGAAACAGAGAAUCGCUAUAGCUAGAGCACUGGUCAGGAAUCCAUGUUUGUUACUCUUGGAUGAGGCUACAUCAGCCUUGGAUAAUGAAAGCGAAUCUAAGGUGCAGGCAGCGUUAGAUUCUGCAAGCAAAGAGAGGACAACAGUUAUCGUUGCACAUAGACUAUCGACAAUCCGUAAUGCUGACAAAAUCAUUGUGCUUUCCAAAGGAGUUGUCGUUGAACAAGGAACACAUGACGAAUUAAUGGCUCUUAAAAACGAAUAUUUCAAUUUGGUUACGAACCAGGUGGUUGAAAAGAGAGAGAAAACUGAGGAGGAUGAAGAAAGAAGGCUCAUAAGUGCAAGAGAACUCAAAUCUACUGUUUCUAUCAAUCAAGAAGAUUCUGGAAAGUUUGCAGAUGAAGAAGAACCUGAUGAAAUAGAAUCAGUAUCAUUCCUACAAGUUAUAAAAAUGAACAAGCCUGAAUGGUUCCAAAUCUCAAUAGCCAGUAUAGCUUCCAUCAUUAGUGGUUUCUCCAGUCCCAUAUUCGCCAUACUGUUUGGAGAUGUUGUUGGAGUUUUGAGUAGCACAAAGUCCGAUCAAAUACGCGACGAAACGAACAAAUAUUGUUACUAUUUUGUAGCCGCUGGAUUGAUUGUAGGAGCUUCAACCUACAUUAGCAUUUACUUCUUUGGUUAUGCUGGUGAGCUACUCACAUUACGUUUGAGAAGUCAGAUGUUCAAAGCCAUGUUGAAACAAGAAGUUGGUUGGUAUGAUAGGAAAGAAAAUGGUGUUGGUGCUUUAUCUGCCAGAUUGUCAGGUGAAGCAGCUCUGGUUCAAGGAGCAACAGGUCAACGUUUAGGCACUAUCGUGAAUUCUAUGGCUACCCUGGUUGUUUCCAUUGCUUUAUCUCUUUACUAUUCUUGGCAACUUGGCCUGGUAACCCUUAUUUUCACACCAUUCAUGUUACUGGCUAUAUUCCUGCAGAACAGGCUGAGUGGAAGAGAAAACAGCUCGAGUAUGAAGUCAGCAGAAAAAUCAACGAAGAUUGCUGUAGAAGCUGUCAGCAACGUGAGAACAGUUGCUUCUUUAGGUGCAGAAGAUGUAUUUCAUGAUAUAUUCAUGAGAGAAUUGUAUUCUCAUCAGAGGAGGAUAAUAAGGAAUUCUCAUUUUAAAAGCGCUGUGUUUGGACUUGCAAGGGGUAUCGUAUUUUUCGCUUAUGGCACAGCAAUGUACUACGGGGGAUAUCUCAUAAAAGAUGGAAUGCCUUAUGACAAUGUUUAUAAAGUAUCCCAGGCACUUAUUAUGGGUACAGUGACCAUUGCCAAUGCUCUCUCAUUCUCACCUAAUUUACAGAAGGGUAUAAACGCUGCUACCAAAUCCCUCAAAUUAUUGAAUCGUGUACCAAAAAUAAAGGAUGUUCCAAAUGCGAUUCAAAAGGAAUGGAGAGAAGGAACCAUAGAUUAUUCUCAAAUAUAUUUCUCCUACCCAACAAGACCAGCGGUUCCAGUAUUGAAAGGUUUGGACCUUACAAUUCUUCAAGGCAAAACUGUAGCUUUGGUGGGAUCUAGUGGUUGUGGAAAAUCCACCCUGAUUCAACUUCUGGAGAGAUUUUACGACCCUAAUUCAGGUUCUGUCAGCGUAGAUAGGGAGGAUUUGACAGAAAUGAAGCUGACAUCUUUGAGGUCACAUCUUGGUAUCGUAUCUCAAGAACCGAAUCUUUUCGAUAGAACAAUAGGAGAGAAUAUCGCAUAUGGAGAUAAUACGAGAGAGGUUUCGCAAGAUGAAAUCAUAGAAGCAGCGAAAAAAGCUAAUAUUCAUAAUUUCAUUGUAUCGUUGCCAUUGGGUUAUGACACAAGGUUAGGAGAAAAGGGUACCCAACUUUCUGGAGGUCAAAAACAAAGGGUGGCAAUUGCGAGAGCCUUAAUCAAAAAUCCAAAAGUAUUAUUAUUGGACGAAGCCACUUCAGCACUAGACACAGAAAGUGAAAAGGUUGUACAAGAAGCUUUAGAUAAAGCCAGAGAAGGUAGAACAUGCAUAACGAUAGCCCACAGAUUGACAACUAUCCAAGAUGCAGAUGUUAUAUGUUUAGUAAAUAAGGGAAAAGUAGCUGAACUUGGUUCUCACGAAGAACUCAUGCAGAGUAGGGGGUUGUAUUACCAGUUAUACUCAUUACAAGGUUGAUUCCUCAAACCCAUUUCGUUCCUAAUUGUACAAAAGUCACAAUUCAAACAACAGUGAUUAUACAUUUUUACUAUUUAUAAUAUUAUUUUUGUUCUUCUUAAGUAUUUGUAUGUUAGAUUAUGUUUUCGAAUUAAAAAAAUAUUAAAUCAA